ACUUGGGCCCUAUCUUUACGCCAAGUGUCCAAAAUAACAUGAAUCAACCCUCAAGAGGAAAAGAGCUUUGGAAGUGAACAUCAAUGGUGAAACUGAAAUACUGAAUACUUUUUAAUUUCAUUGAUAACUUGAUACUUGAAUGCUAUUCCUCCAUCUCACAGAAAAAAACAACAACUUGAUAACUUGUUUUCUUUUGGAACAAAAACGAUGUCGUCCUCAACAUUGACGCCAAUGCAAAGGUACGCAGCCGGAGCUCUGUUCGGUCUGGCUCUUCAUCAGGCCCACAUUCAUCAGACUUGUCCUUUGGGCUUUCCGUCCGACGAGGAGGACCGUAUUAGCAAUGGUAGCAGUAAUGAUUCCGUCUCAGAAGACCCUCAACUUUGGGUUCACGAAUCAUCCGGCCUCCUCCGCCCAAUUUUCAAAUUUCUAGAGAUUGAUAAAAAAGCAUGGUCUGGACUAGAGGAAACUGCUGGGUCUUCAUCACCAAAGCAUCACGUUGGAGCGCUUCUAAGGUCACUAUCUGUCUCUGAAGAAGGUGCUGAAUCUUCUAAAGAAGCAGCAGACAAAGAACUUGAUCUUGCAAAGGCCAUUGAUGCUAUGGCAUCAAGCAUGGAGAGAACUUCCCAUAAUGUGUCCAAGAAAGAGAAGCAGCGUGAAUAUGAGCAUAAAUGUCGGGAGAAAUUAUCCCUUGCUGAUACUCAAUCUAGGUCCGAAGUGGAAAAUACUACAAAUGUUGAAAAUCACCAAGAGAAAAGCAAGAAGCCAUCUAGCAUUGAGCAAGCCCAUUUAGAGUCAGUUAGUGGAUUUGAUGAAAAACCUGUGGAGGAGGCAUCGAUACUUGAAUACUCUAGGAAAGUUAAUGUUCUCUAUCAACUUUUCUCAGCAUGUCUUGCUCAAUCAUCUGAAGAGAUUAAAAAGUAUACACAAAGGAGGGGUUAUGAUGCACGACAUCGCGUGGCUUUGCGGUUGCUAGCUACAUGGUUUGAUGUCAAAUGGAUCAAAGUGGAAGCCAUUGAAACCACGAUUGCUUGUUCUGCAAUGGCACUAAAAGAAGAAGAAUUAAAGGAACAGAGCCGAUCUCCUAAAAGCUCCUUGGCUAAGUGGAAACGAAGAGGUAUAAUAGGUGCAGCUGCAGUAACUGGAGGAACCUUGUUGGCAGUUACUGGUGGUUUAGCUGCUCCAGCAAUAGCUGCAGGCUUUGUUGCUUUAGCCCCUACCUUGGGAACUCUUGUUCCUGUGAUUGGAGCAAGUGGGUUUGCUGCCGUUGCUGGUGCGGCAGGAAGUGCUGCAGGAUCUGUUGCAGUAGCAGCUUCAUUUGGAGCUGCUGGAGCUGGACUCACAGGAAGUAAAAUGGCCAGGAGAAUGGGAGAUGUUGAUGAAUUUGAGUUCAAGUCUAUAGGAGAGAACCAUAACCAGGGUCGGCUGGCAGUUGAGGUUUUGAUCUCAGGACUUGUUUUUAAGGAAGAAGAUUUUGUAAGACCUUGGGAAGGACAACAUGAUAACUCUGAGAGAUAUGUGCUGCAGUGGGAGUCAAAGAAUCUUAUUGCUGUAAGCACUGCAAUUCAGGAUUGGUUGACGUCAAGACUUGCAAUGGAGUUGAUGAAGCGAGGUGCUAUGAUGACAGUUUUAAAAACUCUCUUGACAGCAUUGGCUUUGCCAGCGACAUUGCUUGCAAUGACAGAUUUUAUUGACAGCAAAUGGGCAAUUGCCGUGGACAGAUCGGAUAAGGCAGGAAAACUUCUGGCAGAAGUGUUGCAGAAAGGAUUACAAGGAAAUAGGCCUGUAACACUUGUUGGGUUUUCACUUGGGGCAAGAGUUAUCUUUAAAUGUCUCCAGGUUCUGGCUGAGAGUGCGAAUACUUCUGGCCUUGUGGAGAGAGUUGUUCUUCUUGGGGCACCCAUUGCAAUUAAAAGCAUGAACUGGGAAGCAGCUAGAAAGGUAGUGGCUGGUCGAUUCGUGAAUGCUUACACUACAAAUGAUUGGAUGCUAGGAAUUGCCUUCCGUGCCAGUCUCCUGACUCGAGGCUUGGCUGGAAUUCAACCGGUUGAUGUUCCUGGCAUUGAGAACGUUGAUGUAACUGAACUCAUUGAUGGCCAUUCCUCCUAUUUAUGGGCUACCCAAAAGAUUUUAGAUCUACUUGAUCUUGAUGCCUAUUAUCCGGUAGUCCUCGGUCGAGUCAAGCUAUAAAGACAGACGUGGCAACACAUUUUCUUCCUUAGAUAACUGUAUUUUAGGGGAUUGUAUCUGUUACAGGAAGCACAUAGAUAGCCAGUUCAUUAUAUAACCACUAACAGGGUUCUAGUCUGGUACUGUUACGUUUAUUCAAUAUUUUCAUCUCAACUUUAGUGAUUUUGUUUAGCCGUUUGUUUAUCGGAAAUGGUCUGUCCAUAGAUAUUCCAUCCUUUCCAGGCCUCAGUUGUGGUAAUUUACUGGUAUGUUACUAUUGUUGUAUACAGUAUAUCACAUAUAAGCUUUGUGCUUAUGAAUAAUAUAUCAAGAAUAUGAAAUUACGAUUCUCUUGCUCUUU